AUGGCCAAUUCAAAGUUUGAAUAUGUGCGUCAUUUCGAAAUGGCAGACAACAUGUUGCCUAGUACAUGGCUCGUUGUCCGUAUCGACGGUCGUGGAUUUCAUCGAUUCUCUCAGACACACAAUUUCGCAAAACCAAAUGACAGAAGAGCCAUUGAACUCAUGAACAGAUGUGCGAUUGAAGUUAUGAAGGAUAUCAAGGAUAUUGUCUUGGCUUACGGACAGAGCGAUGAAUACAGUUUUAUUAUUCCAAAAUCAUCCAAUCUGUAUUCUCGACGAUCAAGUAAAAUCUCGUCGACAGUGGUGAGUUUGUUUGCUUCUAACUAUGUGAUGCAUUGGGCAGAAUACUUUGGCCAAGACAAACUACAAUAUGCGCCAUGCUUUGACUCGAGAACCGUCUGCUAUCCAAAUGACAAGGUGCUAAGAGAUUACUUGAGUUGGAGACAAGCUGAUUGUCACAUCAAUAACUUGUUCAAUACAACAUUCUGGGCUCUAGUAAAGUCUGGCAUGACAGAAGAUGCAGCCGAGAAGCAUUUGAGAGGCUCCUUCUCCAAAGACAAGAACGAGAUUCUGUUUACAGAAUUCAACAUCAACUACAACAACAUUGAGCCAAUCUACAGAAAGGGAUCCACCAUCAUCCGCCAAAAGACAGAGGUUACUUCCAUUUCACCAAGAAAUGGCGAAGAGGUGCAACGCAUCAAACUUAUACCAACUGCCGUCUAUGACGAUAUCAUCGGACAAGAGUUCUGGGAUCGUCAUCCUGAGUUGCUUGCCGAGAAGAGAAGAUAG